CAAUGAGCAUAUGAAAAGAGGAUAAUGGAUAGACAGAAAAUUGAAAAAAGAAUAUUUUUUAAUUUGAAAAAAGUAUAGUGCAUUCCUGGGCCGUCUAAAGUGCUUCUAUCCAGGAGCUUCAGGGAACACCUGACUGGCACCUGGCCAAGGCGUCAUCCUGGACUACACCGGUGGCCUUCAAGCCUUCUGUUCCACGACAAAUAAAGCAACCAAGAUAACAUGAUCAGAGGAUGCUCACAGACAAGAACAUUUAUGACGUGCCAUAAUACCAUCUACUCCUCGGUUGUCCACAAACUAACUCUCUACUAAAUGGUUCAUUUAGUCUCCUGGGGAUGGCUGCUGACACCAACAUCUUCACCGAUAAGCAGACCAAUAACUGGUUCAAAGCGUGCAUUGCCCUCAGUUUGACAAAGGAUGGAUUGACUGACUUUGUUGUGACGGAAUUAUUAAACGUCCAAACAAUAGUUGGUAGAAGUUGUGGACAAUGCUUUAUUCAAAACCUUAUACCGUGCUCAACUCAGUACGUGUGUAAAAAGAGGAAAGGAAAUAACUGUUCUUUCCACAAUUCACAACAACGAAAGUCAUGUCAGACAUGUGAUAAAGUGAAACAAGAUAUCACAUUGUUACACAGAUUUGAACGUCCUAGUUGGGCAAACACUAAAGCUGAAUUAUGGGCGACGGAUCCGUGGGAAAUCGGUAAAUGCUACCUCCCACCGGACGGAUAUAGCAGCGUAUCAUCUGUGCAAGAAUCUGACUUCAAUGGUGUGGUUAGCAUUGUGUUGAACUGCAAGCAUUUCGAGACAUGCCUCUCCGCCGCAUGUCUAUCACCGCCUCCACCUGAUAAGAAAUGCCCGCUAGAAAAGGUCCGACAAAUAGGCCGAGAUGUACGCCACACUGCCGACUGCAAGGUUACAGAUGCUGAUCUGCAGUACUUCUAUCUGACACUGACCACCCUACUUGCUGAUCCAGUCCGCUUAUUGCAUGAUACCUCAGCGACAGAAGCGCGCAGGAAACUCAGUGAUUUGCAGAAUGAUCGUCUUUCACUUGACGACUUUGGCAAGUUGUUGAAAGAAGCCAAUCAGACCCUUACACAAGCAAAAGAGACCGGGGAACGUUUUUCCAAAGAGGCUGAAAGGACCCUACAUGAAGGUCUGAAUACCUUAGAGGCUACAAUACAGGCUGGAAAAGAUCGCAUUGAAAACCAGACACAGGCAGGAGAAAAACGCAUUGAAAUUAAGACACAAGAAAGCAUCAACCUCAUAAAUCGAACUGUGAUUGAAAAGGAGCAAGACAAAUACGAGCGAGGAGUAGCAGAAUUGAUCAAAGAUAUGAAGAAGUUUUACAACGACAACUUAAGUCACGUGCCUAUAUCUCCAUUGAAUGACAACGUCGAUGAAAAAUUACUUGACCUGUAUAUGUCGCCAAAAAUUUUCUCAAUGUGCAAGGACAAAGGGGUCUUUACACAAAAGAACAAACGGGUAACGAAAUACAAAGAUGUGUUUCAAACAGAUAACAAAAUGAACCGACGAAUAUUUCUUCAAGGUGAGGCGGGGUCAGGUAAAACAACAUUCUUGGGAAAGUUGGCCCUGGAAUGGUGUAAGUCCACGUCUAGUCAUAUGGAGUCUUCAAAAAACACUGAUUUAAAAACAAUUGAUGAUCAAAAUAAGUUAAGCUCAUCCUCAACUUAUUAUGAACAAUCGGAUAUGCCAUGUGCAUCGUCUGCAACUAACGACGACUCGGAUACGUCAACUGCAUCCACUGUAACUACUGAACUCUCGGAUAAGUCUAGGGCAUCAUUUGAAACUACUGAAGAAUCUGAUAUUUCUAGCUCAUACGAUUCUUUCUCAGAAGAUAGUGACUCGUCAUGCUACAGCCAGGCUAUUGGUCACACCAAUAACAGCUCAAAUAUAUUUGCUGAUGUGGAUGCUCUUCAAGAUUAUAUUUUCGUAUUCUAUAUUACAUUGAGAAAUUUGGUAAAACGAUUCGAGGUACAUACCAUGAUCAAAGAACAAAUUAUAGACUCAAUUUACUCCGAGGACGACCGUGAGAAGGCGUACAGACUGGUGAAUGAGAUCAUGAAACGUGAACGUUGCUUGGUACUACUUGAUGGUCUAGAUGAGUGGACCGGGUCUGGAGAUCAUCACAACCUACCGACACUGGUAUCAGUUUACAACCAAUGUGUGAUGUUAAUAACAACACGGCCUUGGAAAUUGGCUGAAGGUAAAGUUAAGCAUUCGGAAAUCGACGCAGUGUUUCAACUGGAUGGAAUAAAUGAGCCGUUUGAGCUAAGCAGAAUUAUUCUUAGCCGCUUAGUAGCUAAGGCAGAGCUUGAAAUAAAACAUAAAGCAUUUAAGCGUUACAUAUGGAAUCAAAAGCUCAGCGAGUUGAUAUCAGCACCCAUGAUGCUCUCUGUAAUUGUAUGCUCAUAUGCAGAAGGAAUAGAACUUAAAGGCUCUAAGUGUGAAAUAUACAUCCUCUUACUGGAGAGUCUUUUUAAGAAAGCGAACAGUGAAAUGCGUACAUUUGAACAGUCUCCCUCUCCUUGCUUCAGAGGUACUCAAUACAUACAGCCCAAUAUGGAACGUCUGAAUCGCCUUGCUGAAAUGGCAUUUCAUUUGUUGUUUGUAAAUGCAAAAGAAAACUCACUAGUGUUUAGUAUUACAGAGUUGAAGAAAUUCAAGAUGGAUGAACGAAAACAACAGGACUUUGUGCUAAAGUCUGGAAUUUUAUCGGCAAAACUAACUGCCUCUACACUGCGAUCAUCGUCAUCAUUUAUGUUUAUCCACAAGAGCAUGCAAGAAUUCCUCGCGGCGUAUCAUAUCGCCUGCAAUAUGAAUCUUAUUGAUGGUAGUAUUUCUGUCUACCUUAACCGUCACCCGAAAGCCUAUCUCGACAUAUCACAGGUGUUUAUAUUCCUGUGUGGACUGGAUGUAUCAUGUGCGGAAAAGCUAUCAAGCAUGAUGGAUGAAUGCGAUGCUUUGAAUACAAACCAUUUUUCAGCCUGUCACAAAAUGUUAAAUAAAAUCAUACUUGCAGGGUUGAGAGAAGCUAAUGCAAAUGGAUAUUCCGACAUUGCCCUUAAACUCAGUCACUUCUACUUCGAUAACAACAUCAUUGACCUUCAUAAGAUUUGGGAAAAUAACGCGGCUAAUGCCAUUGUGUUGAAUGUUGACACCAAUGAAUGGGAACACUUAAAAUACCAACGAAUUUCACCUGGAAAUGACGAAUGUGCAUCUCAGAUUACAUUUGACCUUCAUUCGUGCCUGAAGCUGACAUAUUUAAAGCUAAGUGGACGUCGCAUAUUGGGAAAAGAUUCUGCCAGUGUGGGCACAUUGGAAUUUCCCGUCUGCAUUAUUCUAAAUAUUGCCGAUCCAACCCAGUGCACAGAGCUUCCACCUGUACUUCCCUCCAUCGAAGAGAUUAUCUUGACCCGUGUCACAUGUUCCUGUACCUGGCUACGCAGUCUGCUUAGCAUGAUGCUGACACGUAAUUGUUAUAUUGACUGUAGGCUGAAUGACUGUCACUUAACUGCGUGUGGAGAGGGCGAAGUCAACACAUCAUACACGACUGGACACAUAGAUUUAAUUGUAUAUCCAAACAAAAGCAUAUCAAUAAGCCUAACUAAUGAUACCGGUCUGUGGGAGAUUCUGCAUGGUCUGAGUAUUAAGAGUCUGAGGAUGCAUGGUUUCGGUGCCAGUGGUGGUAGAGUGAAUCAUGAAAAGUCGUUCUCACAGACGAUAGCAUCGCUAUCAAAGCUGGAAGAACUAUCUAUUAAAAUGGAUGAAUUGACUCCUUGUGUGUGGGAGGCUCUCCGUGGUCUGAAUAUCAAGAGUCUGACUCUGAGCAGUAAGGAGUGGGGAGAGUUGCAUGCAGAGUCGUUGACUCAGUUGCUAUCAUCGCUCAAGAGGCUGGAAACACUUGGAAUUGGUGUGACUGAAGACAGUCCUGGUCUGUGGAAGGCUCUCCAUGGUCUGAAUAUCAAGAGUUUGAGACUGUUUGGUUUUAAGGAGGGAGGUUUAAGGAUAAAUCAUUCACAGUCGUUGUCUCAGUCGCUAUCAUCGCUCAUGAGGCUGCAAAUACUUGAUAUUCAUGUGGCUAAAGAUAUUACUGGUCUUUGGGAGGCUUUCUAUGGCCUUAAUAUCAAGAAGCUGCGUGUGUUUUGUAAGUGUAGAGUAAAGUAUAAAGAGUCGUUGUCUCAUUUGCUACCAUCGCUUACACGGCUGGAAACACUUAGUAUUGGUGCGAAUAAAGCCUGUCUUGCUUUGUGGGAGGCUCUCAAAGGUUUGAGUGUCAAGAGUCUGACUAUUAAAGGUAUGAACAAAGGUUUCGAAUUAAAUCAUACAGAGUUGUUGUCUCAGGCACUAUCAUCACUCACACUGCUUGAAACACUCGAUAUGGACGUACGGGAGAACAGUACUGGUCUGUGGGAGGCUAUCCAUACUUUGAAUAUCAAGACUCUGAGUCUGAGUCUAUGUCGGAUUCUGUGGACCGAUUUGCGUACAGAGUCAUUGUCUAAAUCACUUUCAUCGCUCACUUGUCUGGAAACUCUUAAUAUUAUUGUGCUUGAAGACAGUUGUUGUCCUUGGAAGGCUCUCCAUGGUCUGAAUAUCAAGAGUCUGAGUCUGAGACUGAGUCAGAUUUAUACAUGUAAAGAUUUGCAAGCAGAGUCGUUGUAUCAGUCAUUAGCAUCGCUCACACAGCUAGAAACGCUUAGUAUUACGUUAAACCCAGACAGCCGUGGUCUAUGGAGAGGUCUCCAUUGUCUGAAUAUAAAGAGACUGAGCCUGAAGAGUAAGGAGUGGGGAGGUUUGCAUAAAGAGUUGAUGUCCUUGUCACUAUCAUCGCUCACACAGCUGGACACUCUUUGUAUUGAGAUGGAGUGUGAUAAUCCAGGUCUGUGGGAGGCUGUACAUGGUCUGAACAUUAAAAGUCUGAGUCUGAGUGGUUUUUGGAAACGUACUGGAAUUGACGUGAAGCAUACAUUGUCGAUGGCAAAGACACUUUCAUCGCUCAUUCAUCUAGAAACACUUAGUAUUGAUGUGGAGCAUGAGAGUCUUGGUCUCUGGGAGGCUCUCCAUGGUCAGAAUAUCAAGAGUUUGAGUCUGAGUGGCGUGCGUAAAUCUUCCGGUAUUGAUGUGAAGCAUGCGGAAACGUUUUCUCAGUCGCUAUCAUCACUCACACAGCUGAAAACGUUAACACUACAUGUCCAUACAUACAUCGCACUGCAGGUACCUCAAUCAUUGAAGUAUUUAAAUAUCUACUCUGACACAAUGCUUCCAUCCAAAGUGCGCGAACUGGUGGACUCACUGGCUAUAUAUACUCAUUCAAUUGGGAUUAAGCUAGAAUUUGGUUGUGCUUCUAGUAUUGAUCCCCCAGAACGAAUCCCAGUCCAGGAAUACAUUCCAUUUCAACAGGAACUUGCUGCACGGAAAAAUGUUGCAAUUAAACGAUUCCGAAUAUAUGAAUUGCCUGAUUCUGCCGGUUAUGCCAUGUCUGUACGUGACAUUGAUGACGUUGAUGACGCUGAUAGCGAUAUCCUUGAAGAUGAUGUUUAUAAAAGAUUUGCUAAAUAUAUUGAUGGUUACAAAAUCAAUCGAAUUUCAAUACUCGUUGAGAUAAGUCGAGUCUCAAUAUCUUGAAUUAGUGUUUGUUUUUUAUGGAUACUAUAUUAAUAUGAACCUUGUUGUAUAUUAAAUUUAUAUUGUAACAAUUAAAACUGUUUUGACAUGUGGCGUAUAAUACUGUUUUAUGUUGUUUCUCUAUACAUGAAAUUGAGCUAUAACAUAUACUAGCCUAAUGUGUUGUUGACGAUAGGUGUUACAAGAAAAUAUGGUACAAACACAUUAUCUUCCUAUUUCAAAACGGUCUUAGUCUAAUGUAUGUUGACAUUCAAUCACAUUAUAUACAUAUGCUCAUCUCAAUCUCAAAGAUAUUUCGCCGGAGCUUUUCUCUUAUAUGUAGUUAUUAUUAAAAUCAACACAAUUGUGUAAAUACGGCUCCUAAGUCGUUAAUGUCUUGAGAUUCAAAUCAGUGAACAAAAUAAUGUUUAUUUUUGCGUCCGAGCAAGUGACAAACUACUAAACGAAAUCAAACUGUAGACAGAUAUUACGUUUAUGCUUUGUGUCAAUGUUAUUGUAUAAGUUUAAAUUCAAUGUAUGCCUUUGUUUUAAUGACUUGUACAAUUUGGAACAUGUUGAUACAAUUUUAUUAGUGCGCUUUAUAGCAUGUACAUGUUCACAUAAUUGUCAACGCAUUUGACUUCACCUAUAAAUAUUAAAUAUACAAGAUUAA